GCUUCCCCUCUUAUCGUAACUACAAGACUAGAGGCCGGCACUGAAUUAGUAGUGGAUUCAAUAAGAAAUUUAGGGUUUUUAUUUUUUAGGUUUAAUGAUAUCAUGACCAACAUUAUUAAUUAAUACUUAGUUUAGAAAGCAUUUGCAACAAUGAUUAAAGACGCAUUUACUCACAAAAGGAGAAAAAGAGAAGUACUAUUCUCAAUAUUCGGAGUAGUAAUAGUAUUAUAUUGCUGUAUUCAUUUGGUUUUCUACCUUGCAAGAGCUCAGGAUUUCAAGCCCUCGAGAAUACGUCGGGAAGUGGAGAAUCAAACCCAGUGCAUUUCUCCGCAGUCCUCCGAAUUUCCGAAUGGAUUUUUCACAGUACAGGAACGUAAAGACGGUGGAAUCAUUAUAUAUUUUCUGAUAAUUUUUUACAUGCUUUUGGCAGUCUCUAUAGUUUGUGACAAAUAUUUCCUGCCGUCACUUGAAGUCAUCAGUGACCGUCUUGGGCUGUCUCAGGAUGUUGCUGGGGCAACCUUCAUGGCGGCCGGAAGCUCCGCGCCUGAGUUAGUCACAGCUUUUCUAGGUGUGUUUGUUACAAAAGGAGAUAUUGGUGUGAGUACAAUAGUGGGCUCAGCCGUCUAUAACCUUCUGGGUAUUUGUGCAGCAUGUGGAAUCUUAACCUCAGUGGUGAGUCAGCUAAACUGUUGGCCACUAUUCAGGGACUGUGUGGCAUAUGCAACCAGUGUGGCAGCAGUGAUUGCCAUAAUCUCUGAUAACCAUGUCUACUGGUAUGACGCUGCAUGCUUGUUGCUGGUAUAUGGCAUCUACAUCAUAGUUCUGUGUUUCGACCUGCGGAUCAGUGAAUAUAUGAUGCGACGGUUCAGCCCGUGCUGCACAUGUUUGAAUGAGAGCACAGACAAGCACUCCGAGCAGCAACUUCUCUUAGGCUGGAAUGACGACAUGAGCCUCAGAGUGCCACAGUGUUCCAGGGCAGACACUGGAAUCUUCCAAGAAGACUCAGGAUAUUCACACCUGUCACUCAGCCUCCAUGGCCUGAAUGAAAUACCUGAAGAGCAGAAGAGUGUGUUCAGCAUGCCAGAACAUGAUGUGAUGCGCAUCCUAUGGGUGCUGUCUCUUCCUGUAAUCGUGCUGCUGUACCUGACUAUACCUGAUUGUAGAAGGCACUUCUGGAAGAAGUGGUACAUUCUGACCUUCCUCAUGUCUGCUGUCUGGAUUGCUGCCUUCACCUAUGUGCUGGUCUGGAUGGUCACUGUAGUAGGGGAGACGCUGGGAAUUCCUGAUACAGUAAUGGGGCUCACACUGCUGGCAGCAGGGACCAGUAUUCCAGACACAAUUGCCAGCGUCAUGGUGGCUCGAGAGGGCAAAGGUGACAUGGCCAUGUCCAACAUUGUGGGUUCAAAUGUGUUCGACAUGCUCUGCUUGGGCCUACCCUGGUUCAUAAAGACAGCCUUCUUGGACACAACUGCCCCAGUGGUGGUGAAUAGCACUGGAAUGGUUUUUGUCACCUCUACCCUCCUGCUCUCCAUAGUCUUUCUCUUUUUGGCUGUGACCAUCAAUGGCUGGAAGUUGGACUGGAAACUGGGGGUCACGUGUCUCCUGUGCUAUACCAUCUUCGCUUCAUUAUCCAUCCUCUAUGAGAUGGGCAUUAUUGGGAACAACCCUAUACAGGCCUGCCAUGACUAAGUGACACCACAUUUGUGUUUAGUGUUGACUCUGCACUUGACUGCCUAUGGCUCACAAGAACAAACUGACCUCACACCUGCCUAUGUUGAUACUUACUCACACCAAGGCAUGCAUCUUAACUGCACCCAGCCGAACUCAGUUUAAUUAAUGGUUGAUCUGGAGUGAUAGACAAAAUUACACAGUAGACAAUAAGCGAAAAUAUUAAUAAUGGAGCAGAAUACCUUUUGUCUCCCUCUUUCUUGGAAUGUUGUUAUACAUAUUUGGACCAAGUUAUUAUGGAAACAGGACCAUUUCACCUUAAAUAGUCAGGGACAUAUGUGUAUUGAUGGCUUUCUUUGGUUUUUACCAAAAUGAAACGACCAUGGCAUAGAAAAAUAAAAGUAUUAUUGAUUGUACUGCUUUAUGAGCAGUUUAGCUUUAGACAACUCCGCACUGAACUUUGACUGAGACAAAAACUUUAGUUUUCUUAAACCAGUAGAUAACCUUUCGCUAAGCAGCUACAAAUACUCGAAUGCAAGUUGUUUUAGUUUACCAUAUUUUGAUUUUGAUGUCAAAUUGAUGUCAAAUUUAAUUUUAAUUUUGUUCCUUUUGUUAUUAUCUUACUAAUUUCUUUUUGUUAGUGUGUAUUUGUCAGAAUUGACCCAUCACACCCAUCUGGUUGAGACUGGAAUUCCUAUACACUACUGGUAAAGCACCCACUCUAAUUUUGGAAAAGGUCUGCCUGUGAAGGGCUAUCUGACUCUCACUAGAGCCAGACCCGAAGGUCCAAUUCCCCAGUCUAAGAACCCUGGUCUCCUCACCAUCAUUGGAUGCCAACAACUACAAGGAACAGCAAACUCUUAAGAGUCAUCAGACAAUUUCACAGCAAGGACGCUACACACACUGCCAUUUAGGCAGUUGGAUGAAAGACUGGCACGCUGAGCUGACAUCCGAAGUUAUUCCUCACACCCUCUGUGCUGUCUGGACAAUCCAAUGGAACACACGCACACAUCUGCAGUUCAACACGGCUGAAUGCCAGUAAUUCGUAAGAGCUGACAUUUCUCUCAUAUGUUACUAGUUGGUAUCAAUAUUUGUUUUAGUGUUUAUUAAUCAAAAUAGAUGAGUUAACUCUUUCCCCUCACCUGACACAACCUCAUCACUCCUAAUUAGUUCCCCACUUCACUGUUAACAAUGGCUUCCUCUCCUGAUCCUCCUAUUAGACUGUAGGUAUACUGUUAUUAUGAAUUUGUUGAUUAAUAAGUUUCCUUUGUUGGUCUCGAUUACCAUAGACUGCGUAAACCUAUGUUUCUCUAAUUAUUUUUUUUUAAUAGCUUAGUUAGCUACCUGUAUCCACCACAAAUUGUUUGUGUUAAACUUAGCUUGUUUACAUUGUUAGGCUUAUGUGAUUAUAAUGAUUCUAAUGAACUAAUCACUCCUGGUUAUUAAUCUUAGUCAAUGAUUGUUGUGCAUCUCUAUUUAGUCAAUACCUUGGUUAUUACGUCUGUUAGCCCAGAGUGAUAUUAUAAUGUUUGGUAGACGAGAAAUAAUCACAUAUCAGACUGACGACUUUAGUUGAGACUGAAUUAUUAGUCAUUAAUACAUUAAUUAAAAUUAAUAUAUUUUCCCUGUUACGCAGGGUAUCUGUAACUGACAAUUCAUUAAAAGUAUUAAAAUCACUACAACAUAUGCAUCCACUCCUGUACAUAUUCACACA